AAGGAAUAACCUUCCUUAUCUACAUGCUUAAUUCUUCAGUCUUCGAAGUUAUCCGAUUGAAGGUUAACUUUGACUAUUUUUCGUUCGGUUAUCAAUCUAAUUUUUUUCCUUCUAAAGGAAUUUGCCCAUUUUUUUUCGAAUGAGGAUGAUGUGAUAACCGCUUAUUUCGGUAUUUUCCGAAUUUAGGAAAAUGUUCUGUUUGCGUUCUCUAAGCCGUGCCGUUGGGCCGAGCCGGCUGCGAAGGACCUUCAUGUCGGAAGGAUUCGCUUGCGCUGAAGCGUGGGAGAAACGCUUCGAGAACCGGCUCCUCUCCAAAGUCAACCUGGAAGAAAUGUACUGCGACUUGGAGAAUAAACUGAAUCACAAACGACCGGUGACUGCGGUCGACGUCGACAUCUUCGCCAACUCGAUCCGUUCCUCAUCCCACAUCCAGGAACUGGAAGAGCUCGUCCACAGAUUCAGGCAGACGGCCCGAACCGUGGACACUCUCGAGUCCACACACCAUGCCGUGGUCAGGGCACUUCACAGGUACGCAGACACAGAAGAUCUUAUGCGAGUUCUCAAUGAUCGGCUCAACUAUGGCAUAUUCCCCGAUGACUACUGCCUUAUAUUCUUGAUGGACGGGUUUAUAAAAAAGGGUGAUUUUAAAAACGCCGCAAAGGUUGCAUCUCUGUCCAUGCUUCAGGAGAACUUUGAGAAUAAACUGGUUAAUCAUCUUGCGCUCUACAGUUGUCACAAGUACCUGCUUGAUCCGGUUGAAUGGCAUCAGACUGUUGAGGAGAAGAAUGAAGAAGAAGACGACGAGGAAGAGAAGUGGGUACGUGUCAAGUACUUGAGGAACCCUUUUUUUGAUGACCACUUCGAUCUCAAUGAUGCUAACAGCUUAGUAGGAAAAACGUUGUUACUAGUUGGGAAGGAAGUCGAUGAUGUAAGCCAUCAAAUCUUAGGCGCAGUUCUCUACAAGAAGUACGACACGGCAAAACAGCUCAUUAAAGAAGUAAUUGACAGCAAAGGCAGAGUUUAUGAAGUCUGUUUAAAUCUAGCUUUAAACGCAUUAAAGUCUUUACCUGUUGAAGAAGGUGAAGCAGGGGAGAAGAGUAAAGAAUUAAUAGCAUCGAUGACAUCAGAAAUAGAAAAUUUAAAAAGCAAAGCUGUUAAUACUGAAGACCCCCUUAUUAAAAUAGAGGAAGAAAUUAAAAAGCUCGUCAAACAAUCAGAAUCCGAGCUUAUAUCGAAACAAAAAGAGACUUAUGACAAAUGGGAAACAGUGCGUGAAGAAGUUCUAAUGGACGAACUAAAAGAGAUCAAAAGGCAGUCCAGAUUAAAAGAAGUCGAGAGGAGAAAGGAAGAGCUCACUUUGAAGGAACAGAAACUGUUCUUUUUUGAUAAUGAAGAUAAAAUUGAUAUGGCCAUAGAAAACAAAAAAGUUGUUUAUCCAAAGAAGUGGCAUGGUAAGAAAAAGAAGAAGAAAUCAGACUCAGAGGGCUAUAUUCCCCCUGAAAUCGUUAAACAGUAUAAAUCUUCUCCUUAGAUAAAUAAUUUUUAACUAGUCUGUACAGUUUGGAUUUGAAUUUUUAUUAUUUU